AUGGCGCCCGCCACCAAAGUCGAGCGGACAAGCCGUCCACGAUCGCCAUUGCGAGCUCCCACGCCUCUGGCUGUCUCUCAUAACGGAACAAAUGGCAGUGCAAAGCACGAUGCGAAGAACGGCAGACUGGACAGCAACAUGACUAGCGGAAGAAAGCAUGAUAGUCUCGCGAGCUACGAGAGCAACGGGAACCACGAGGAUGCCGAGAACAUCGACGACUACGAAAAACGUAAAGGCCCCGAGAAGAGGUCCAGAAGGGGCUACGAGGGCGAGCCCAGGCCGUCGUCCCUUUCUGAGCGGACAUUGCAUCCGUCGCGAGCGCCAACACCGUUGCUGGUCAAGGGCGACCACAUCCUGCGUGACAUCGACCGCGCUCCUCCUGGCGACCCGUCGCAGCUGCGUGUCCGCCGCACGUCCGGUCUGGCAUCUGCAGCUGGAGACAGAGGAGGCGGCAGUGAUGACGUCGCACGCCAGCGCAGCCAGUAUUUUGAAGACGUCUUCUCGGCUCGGGACAGCAACUCGAGCCCGGCAAAGGAGCGUGUGCGGAGCGAGGCUCUGGUCUUGGCAGAGCUGCGGACCAACGUAAUGAUUGGCGACGAAUUUACUGUGAUCACGGAGCUGUCAGCUAGCCUCGCCGUGCGGUAUCGUCGGCCGCUCUCGUCCGUGGUGGUGACGCUGCAGCACAACUCGUGCAUGUGCUUUGGCGGCUCGUUCGAUCCGGCCUAUGUUCUGUCCAUCUUUGCCCUGCCGGCCGAGCUGCAGCCGACGACGAACAAGCGCAACGCAGCCCUGAUCCAGAGGCACAUGGAGGAGGCUCUCGGCGUGCCACCGGCACGUGGCCUUUUGCGCUUCGCGCCCGUUACCGAGGCCAACCUGGCGUACGGCGGCAAGACAACGGCCGGAUACAUCGACGACCUGCCCAAGAACACGGGAGCCGGCACUACCACUGCCAGCAACUACAGUUGCCGGUCCCCGGUCCUGUCAACGACUGCUGAUAUGCACGAUCUCGGUGGCAGCACGCGAAAGAGAAGGGCUAGCCGGAAGCUAAGUGUCAAGUCUUUGUCUAAUUUCAGAUCUCCCUCGCCUCCGAGUCCGACGCCGGUGGGCAGCACUGCCGAGGAUCAGCAACAGCAGCAACAGCCGGAUUCCUUGUCGUCAGCCUAUCUGCCAUCUAUCGUUGAGCGGUCACCUAAGGAGAGCCCACAAUAUAGGCAGAGAACAGAGAGGGAAAAGGAAAGGAGAGAGCACAAGGGUCCUUCUGGAGCGGAUCAAGAUACCGGUUUGGAGAUGCUGCCGGAGACCAGUCCGUCGGCAACGUGGCAGCCCAGCAGACGGGCUAAGAGAACCAAGAGUUUUGUGGCGACGCUUUUUGGACGAUCAGCGAUAAAGUACGAGAUGGGGACCUCCUAA